AUAUUUUUGACUAGAAAAUGUCCUUUUUAAGAUCUUGAUUUAAGGGUACAGAAUAGUUGUUUAAAUUCAAUCAAUACCACCUAUGUACACAGGGGGGCAGUAGAUAAAAUAUGCGGAAAUAGUAAUCCAGAAAACAAGAUCGUAAUUUCCGGUUAUGUUGUGUUGGCGGGAAACGCUGGCUGUCAGCAGUUUUGAGAAGAGUCAGACUACAUUCUCCAUGUCGCGGGUCCUGAACGGAAUUGUGGCGGUGUGCCCCAACCUGGGCAUUGGGAAAGAUGGGAAUCUGCCCUGGCAUCCUAUUCGACUCAGCAACGAAUUCGCUCAUUUCCGAAAGAUGACAGCCACACCGUCAAUAGCAGGCAGGAAGAAUGUGGUGGUCAUGGGCAGGAAGACCUGGUUCUCAAUCCCAGAGAAGAACAGGCCACUGAAAGGCAGGAUCAACAUCGUCCUCAGCAGGGAGUACAAGGUGCCACCUGCAGGCGCACACUACCUGGUUUCAGACUUCAGCUCAGCUCUAACACUAGUUGACACAGAACUGGCAGAACAAGCUGACCAGGUCUGGGUUAUAGGAGGAAGCUCUCUAUACAAGGAGUUGAUGGAAAGCCCGGGAACCAGGAGGCUGUUUGUCACACAAGUCCUGCAGCAGUUUGACUGUGACACUUUCCUUCCUGAAAUCGUCCCAGAAAAAUAUCAACUGCUGCCAGAGUAAGGGCAUCAUAAUCUCUGGUUCCCAGGAGUCCCGAAAGAGCUUCAGGAGGAGAAUGGAAUUCAAUACAGAUUUGAAGUGUAUGAAAAUAUUUAACAAAUGACGUAAUAUGAAGAAAUAAGAUCAUGAGACAAUGCACUGUAAAUGUUGACGCAUAUCAUACAUGCAGGCAGAUUUACUGUUUUAUUUCACUAUAAAUGUGGUGGCACAGUUGGUAGCAGAGAGUGUUCUGGCUCUUGUAGGUUAAACAAAGGGUGUACGGUCAUUGUUAUGAUCAAUCUGAUCAGCAUCUCUUGGGAAUGUGGGAGGAGAUGGGAGCAUUUCAUCAAAGCUCCCAUUUUCCUGCUCAGUGUUGUUGUAUGUUGAUUGACCGAGAUAAAUAAGUGUAAUUAUUAUUGUAACUGAAGCUUCUCUACUAAAAACAAAUGCAUAUAUUAGUUUCUCUCACUUAUAUAACUUAGAAAAACUAAUUGACCAAGCUGAAACAUAUCAAAGCUAGAAAUGUUUAAUUUGAAAUAAAAUGCAAAUCUUUUAAUCAUUAAGUCCUUAGUGCUUUGAGUCUUUUCAUGUCGGUUGUGGUGCUCCUGGUAAUGUCAAUGUUGGGAAGCAGGCCAUACUCAGAACCAAUAGAAAAGUCUUCUGCAGGUUGUAUCAUCUAAAGAACUGGAUCUUCAAUUAUUCCUCUUUUCACAAUGUGGAUGUUCCACUCUCUUCACCUCAGUUUUCUAUCAGGACAGAUUAGGGGACAUGUAGCACAUGGUAGAAAGCUGAUUUUUGUGUCUAAAGAAAGGAAACGAUAGUCUUAGUCUUAGAUAUGAGCAGUAUCUUGGCAAAGAUACAUUAUUUCAGGAGUUAACUUUGAAUAAGUAAAAGUUUUUAAGAAAAUUAAUAGAAAAGAGGUCUUUGCUUGUGAUAUCAUUCUGGAUCUUUAAUACAGUCCAGUGAUAACCAUGAAUGUCAGUGUUGGAUUUUAUGUGAUAGACCAAUAAAACAGUGGCUCAUUUUUGUGAAAUUGAUAUGAAAAUUAUUGCCUGGAGAAAAAACAACAGCAGAUCUCAGGGCUGUUGAGCAUUUCCACAUCCACAUGGGGAGGAAACUCAAGGGAUUGGGACUGAACAGCUGUGAAGCAAAAUGACGCUAGAACUGCAAGCAGUUCUAAUGGGUUCCUCUCCCAACCCUUCACCCCCCCCCCCCUCCCCUUGCACCCCUCUUUUCAUGUGCACCCCCAAGAAAAGAAAAGUCAACAAAUGAUAAUGAUAUACUGUAUAUCAUACAUGCAGGCAGCAUGGCAUGUAUCCAAAUCAUACUUUGGCCUAAUGAACACCGUAUAUACGUAGAUUUGAUGCCUUAAAUAGUUUAUAGGGGCCAGAUAAUGUGGAUUUGGCUCCAUCAUGUGGCCAAAGAAAAUUACUACACUAUGGUAGGGAGAUGUUUCUCACCUUUUGAAAGAUAUAAUUUUUCAAUACAAAAAAAUAACAUAAAAUAAAAAAUCAACAAGUCAAGAACACUGUAAACAAAUGUAUGGAGAAGAAUCAUAAUAAGUUCUAAUAAUAGGAGUUCCAGACAGCACUGCAUGUAUUCAAAUCAUAAUAUGACCUAAUAAACAGUGCAUGCAGCCAAAUACGAUGACUGUAAUGUCUUUCAAUCUUAUACUGAGAUACUCGUAUUGUCAUUCAAAGGGAUAUGAAGGAGCAGAUGUUGUGUUUGAUUGGAGAAAAAGGUAUCGCUUUAUUUCCCAUAUUGGGAAAAGAAGUCUUCUUGUUGGAUUACUUACUUUUUCUACUUUCCAGGGGAAAAAACCCCUGGAAACCAGCGCCCCCAAAUGGCCCGGGGACACAGGACUACAUUAUUUUAAGAUGUAUUA